GAGACACACUUGGCCUUGCAUCCACGUCCCAGUCAGGUCCCAAUGGCCAGCACCUCACUCCUGAAGUUUUUGUUAUAUCCUCGUCCUCUUCGCUGCGUUCGAGGUCAUGUGCGAUAUUUGGCUAUGCCAUCCAGCAUGAGCACCAAGAAUUCCAAGACCAACUUUUCCCGAGUCCUUGCGGAUGGACCAUCAUUAGAUGACUUCAUCUCCCAGGAUCCCGUAGAAAAGGUGGUUCUCGGAAACACAAAGGGGCCACGCCUUCCGGACUUCUUGAAGACCAAAAUACCAUCUGGGGCUUCGUACAAUAGAAUUAAGAAUGAUCUCAGGGGCUUAAACCUGCACACUGUUUGCGAGGAGGCACGCUGUCCAAAUAUUGGGGACUGUUGGGGUGGAAAGGAGGGCGCGUCGGAGGAAGACGGCCGGCGCGCUGCAACCGCGACAAUCAUGCUCAUGGGGGAUACGUGCACCCGAGGUUGCCGAUUCUGCUCCGUGAAAACUUCUCGCGCGCCUCCCCCGUUGGAUCCUCACGAACCUGAGCACACUGCAGAAGCCAUAAGUCGCUGGGGUCUUGGCUACAUCGUCCUCACAAGCGUGGAUAGGGAUGAUCUCGUUGACGGUGGCGCGCACCAUUUCGCCGAAACCAUUAUGAAGCUCAAGCAAAAGGCUCCCCAAAUUCUAGUGGAAGCUCUGACGGGUGACUUUGGAGGGUCAUUAGAAUGCGUUUCCGUUGUCGCAAAAUCCGGGCUAGAUAUUUAUGCGCACAACAUCGAAACGGUUGAAGCAUUGACGCCAUUUGUUCGGGAUCGACGCGCGACUUUCCGCCAAAGUUUGAGCGUGCUUGAACACGCUAAGAAGGACGGUGUUAUGCUCGGUGUAGGCGAGAAUGAGGAACAAGUUAUGGAUGCUUUGAGAGAGCUACGAAAGGUUGACGUAGACGUCGUAACCUUCGGGCAGUACAUGCGCCCAACGAAACGCCAUAUGAAAGUAGAUCGCUACGUGGAGCCGGCGGAGUUUGCCAGGUGGAAACAGAUCGCCGAAGACAUGAACUUCUUAUAUGUGGCCAGCGGUCCAUUGGUUAGAAGUAGUUACAAGGCAGGAGAGUACUUCAUAGAGAACGUGCUCAAGGGAAAAGCCUCAGAAAAGCGGACGAAGAAGCUGCUUGGUCAGGAUACGACCACUGUUGAGGGGAAUAUGCCGUCGUAAAAUUCAUUGUGCAUACAGACCUUGUCCGUUAUAUUCUCGCACCAAAUAUUCUAAUAAGCAAUUGAUUGAGCGCAAUGUGUAUUACAUAAUGGAGCUGUGUUGACCCC